AUGAAAGUCUUCACAUUCCAGUUGAAAGGGGAGCAUCAUAGGCUCACAUACGAAGAGCUUGAUUCUAUCAUGGGUAUAGACGAUCCACUCCGCAUCAGCCCCCAAAAUCAAGAGUACCAAGAUUUUCUGCGUUACCCGGAUGCAAACUUUUGGAUGCAAAUUUCUGGUCUCGCAACCUUCAACCCAAGCCGACAGCGAGCCAAGCACAUCGUUCACCCCUGCUGGCGAAUUGCUCACCGAGUCCUUACGACGAGUAUCUUCGGGCGUCUCGAGCCCGGUCAAAUCAACAGAUGUGAGCUAUUUUUCCUUCGAAGCAUGAGGCGUGCACUCCCCCUCAGUUUUUCAAGCUUCUUUUUAGACAAAUGUGACUCCAUACGCCAACGUUCCUCAGGGGAAAUUUUCAUCGGGGGACUUAUCACGAUCAUAGGUCGAGCCGUCGGCCUAGACUUCCCGGAUCCCGAGUACAUACCUGUCGACACCCCACCGAACUUCCUGCUAGACUGUGACACUCUCAUCCGGAUGGAGAUGUUGCUCGAUCGGGGAACCCGCACGUACAGCGACCCCGACACUUGGCUUCCUCCAGAUCAAUUGACCCAAGCAGGUGUAUUCCCAGAAUUCGGUGAUGAUGAGGGUGACGACGCAGAGCAACAAGAGGAAGAAGAUGACGAAGAGAACGACGAGAUGCCCGAAGCUGAGGACCAUUUUGACCAGCCCUCGAUGCAGCAGCCGAUGUUUCUGCAUGAUCAAUUCCAGGCCCCUCCACACCAUUUUGACCAGCCGCAUCAGCAGGAGGGACACGAAGUCCCACCAUAUUCCCCCCCCCCACUGAUAGAAGACCUUGGAACAACCAUUGAUGUGGUUUUGGUUAAUGGUGUGCUUCAUGAAGGAGAUGAAAUUGUUGUUUGUGGCUUUCAGGGGUCAAUUCAUACAACAAUCCGAUCAUUGUUGACUCCUCACCUAAUGAAGGAACUCCGAGUAAAGAAAUCAAAGUUGCACAACGGAUUGAUUUACUUACUUCAUUUCAUAGACCCUUCUCCUUUACUGUCCCAUGUGGAAGAUUUCCCAAACAGAUUGAUUUGUGGUACGCUGCUGAUGGAGACACAAGAUGGAGGUGAUGUCAAAGGAGAAGUUUCUCCUCGUGACAUAGUUUACACACAGGCUGCUGGAGGUGAAGAAGACCCAAACAUCUUUCACAUGCUUGAUCUUCGCUUUGAAGGAAUAAGCUGGCGUGAUGAUUCACUUGAAUUGAUAUAUGAAGAUUCGUACUCUGACCCAUGCUGCAGAGAACUUCUUAUGGGACUUAUGUUAUUGCCAAGAGAACCCGAUAAUUCUGGAAAUUGUGAACAGAUCUUCUUAGAGCUAAUGAAAGUUCCAUGUUCGGAAGCUAAACUCAUAGUUUACUCUUAUAAGUUGCAGUUUAGUACACAGGUUUCAGAACUUAGGGAUAAGCUAAACAUUGUUUAUUUAUCAGUAGAACAUGCAAGUUCUUUGUAA